UUGUCAAGGCGUUGUCUCUGAAAUGCAAAGUUAAUUUUGCAUGACAGUCUCAGCUUCUAAGUUUGAAUAGAGGACAAAGAGUGGAGGUUUCAGUGAUGUUCUUGCCAAAGUGUGAAGUUAUUGUAUUACUGCCUAAAAAUGCAAGGUACAUGUUGUAUUAUGCAAAUGCAAACCCGUGGCUGUAUCAAUGCGGACCUCGGGCAGAUUCCCUCUUUGAGCUAUAAUAAAAUUCCAUUCUAUGAAUCCUAUUAUCCCUGUAGAGAUCUCUGCUGCAUACUCAGUCAACGUUGUCGUCGUCUUUUUUUUUUUCUUACAUACUCUUCGCCUGUUCCAAUAUAAUAAGGCUGAUUUUAUUAUAAGGGAAGUGUCUUGCCUUUGCGGUAGGCUGGAUUGAAGUGAUUCAGGUGCGUCACUUUCUGCUGCGUAAAAAGGAACCGAGUGUGCGUUUUCUUAAAAAAAAAAAAAAACAGAAGAGCUCGGCGAUCGUGUGUGUGGAAGAGCCGAGGUCAAGGCAGAGCUGUCUUUUAACCUUGCUGAAGGACAGCUGUAUUUACUGACGUAUGUAAAUGAAUAUAGGGGAGGUGCUUGGGCAAAAAACACACUGAAUCAUUUCACAUUGCAGCUCCGGAGUUCCUGCCUGGAAGGAAAAAACGAGACGUGGCGAAAUCUGGUGAAUAUCUGCUGCCAUUUGCUCCUGUGUAAUUUCUCAGCAAACCAUGCAGGAUGAUUUACUGAUGGACAAAAAGAAAGCCCAGCCUCACCAUCAACAAGAUCCGACGCAAGUAGACCCUCCUCCCUCCACACCGACCCCGUCAUCGGAGCCCACUUCUUCUUCAUCCGAGUCGGAGAGCCCGUCGACCGGGAGCAACCAAGCGGCUUCAGCGCUGAACAGCAGCAGCAAGGACAAAGUGCCGAUGGAGUCGCCGAUCCUGCCCGGGUUGAGCUUCCACCACCAGCCGCAGGAGACCGGCGGCCCCCUAUCCUCCCCUUCCUCUUCGUUUGGAAGCACUUGGUCCACGGGAACCACAAACGCCGUGGACGAUAGCUUUUUCCAGGGAAUACCCUCCGUGAACGGGACGAUGCUUUUCCAGAACUUCCCCCACCACGUCAACCCGGUGUUCGGGGGCAAUUUUUCCCCGCAGAUCGGUCUGGCUCCACAGUCCCAGCAGCAUCAACAGCAGCAGCAGCAGCAGCAGCAGCAGCAGCAGCCCCAGCAGAGGAGAUCUCCUGUCAGUCCCAGCCAAGGCCCCUUCCCUCAGAGAAACGCUUAUCAAACCAUAAUGAAUAACAGCAAGGGGUCGUCGUCGUCCUCUUCUGCCUCGUCGUCCGCUUGGAAUAACCACCAAAACGCCGCAUGGAGCACAGCCUCCAACCCCUGGGGCGGGCUGCAGGCAGGCAGGGACCCGCGCAGAGCGGUGGGCGUCGGGGUAGGGGUCGGGGUUGGAGUCGGCGUCGGUGUCCCGUCACCAAUCAACCCGAUCUCCCCCAUGAAAAAGCCCUAUACCAGCAACGUUAUAGCACCCCCCAAAUUCCCGAGACCCGGUCCCCUCACCCCCAAGCCCUGGAUGGAGGACAGCGCAUUCAGGACUGACAACAGCAACAACAUACUGCCUUUCCAGGACCGGAAUCGGCCCUUUGAUGCUUUUAGCUUGCACUCUUUGGAGAAUUCCUUAAUGGAUAUGAUAAGGACUGACCAUGACAAAGGUAAACCACACCCUGCCGGUGGCCCACCAAUGACUAUCGCUGAUAUUAUAUGGAGGAAUCAUUUUGCAGGACGCAUGGGCCUGAAUUUCCAUCAUCCUGGGGCAGACCACAUAAUGCCAUUGACCACCCGGAGCUAUGGCCGCAGAAGAGGUCGUUCCUGUCUUUUCCCCUUUGAAGAUGGUUUCCUCGACGAUGGCCACGGUGACCCCUCCUUGACUCAGGGCCUGAACUCGCCGACCCGCUGUCAGAACGGAGAGAGGAUGGAGCGUUACUCCAGGAAGGUCUUUGUCGGAGGCCUCCCCCCUGACAUAGACGAAGAUGAAAUUACCAACAGUUUUCGUCGCUAUGGGCACCUGGUGGUAGACUGGCCCCACAAAGCUGAGAGCAAAUCCUACUUCCCACCUAAAGGCUACGCUUUCCUGUUGUUCCAGGAAGAGACCUCUGUUCAGGCCCUGAUCGACGCCUGCAUUGAGGAGGACAGCAAGCUUUACCUGUGUGUAUCGAGUCCCACCAUCAAAGACAAACCGGUCCAGAUCCGUCCCUGGAACCUGAGCGACAGUGACUUUGUCAUGGACGGCUCCCAACCUCUGGACCCCCGCAAGACCAUCUUUGUUGGGGGUGUGCCACGGCCCCUGCGUGCAGUGGAGCUGGCUAUGAUCAUGGACCGGCUGUACGGAGGUGUUUGCUAUGCUGGCAUCGACACCGACCCGGAGCUCAAAUAUCCAAAGGGAGCCGGCCGCGUGGCCUUCUCCAAUCAGCAGAGCUACAUCGCUGCCAUCAGCGCUCGCUUCGUUCAGCUACAGCACAAUGACAUCGACAAAAGGGUGGAGGUGAAGCCGUACGUCCUGGAUGACCAGAUGUGCGAUGAGUGCCAGGGGGCACGCUGUGGGGGGAAGUUUGCCCCCUUCUUCUGUGCCAACGUCACCUGCCUGCAGUACUACUGCGAGUACUGCUGGGCCAGCAUCCACUCACGAGCCGGCCGAGAGUUUCACAAGCCACUGGUGAAGGAGGGGGGCGACCGCCCUCGACACGUGUCCUUCCGCUGGAGCUGAGGGGACUCUCAAGUCAGCCCUGCCCCGGUGAACCCACACCCGGCCCCAAAAAAACCUCCUGCGGACUGGGAGAGCGCUGCAACCCCCUCACCCACCCACCGGGCCACCUACUCCACCCUGCUCCCCACAAACACCUCAUGAAAAAAGCAAAAAGGAUGCCAUCAGAUAAACAAGACUUUCUUCAUACCACGUGGCUCUGAACUCAUUGUCUAGUAUUCCCCUCUGAUGAAGCUUUGUGGGGAAAUGAAAUGCGAAAGUCCAUCGGCUUAAAAUUUGCACUUUGGCACUAAAUCUGACUAAAUACACACAGGAUGGUCUGUUUGACACCUGGCUACUUUCACUUCCCUGUUCUGUUGACUGGGUGGAGUGGUACAUCCCCCGUCCCCCUUGCUGAGACAGAGCUGGGACCAUUCAAAUAUUUUUAAAAAGUAUAUAUUUUUUGUUUUGUACCUAUCUAUACAUAUAUAGAUAAUUUAAAUUUUAUGUAAAAGGAGCAUGCACUUAUUUUCAAAAGCUCAAGUUAUAUUGCCCCUAGUAAAAGAUAAUUACCAAAGGCAAAUUAAAUUAAUACAUACAGAAAAGCAAAAUAGGUGGCAUAAGAUGUAGCAAGAUUUAACAACUAUCCAGUAGUGCGAGCCCGUUUUGCCCACGGCUAUAUUCGCUCUCAAUUUUGACUAUGAAAAUAUUAAUACCUCAUAUGCGCAAUCAGAUUAGUUUGCUUUCGAUUUCUAGGUCUUUAUUUUUAUAAUAACAUUAUUUUUUAGUGUUAUGUAAAUGUAAUGCUGCAAUAGCUUUGCUGCUAAAUCCAUGGUAUAAACAGAUACCAUAAGUACUUUAUUCAGGCUAGGGUGUACGAUAGUAAAUAACAGACAUAGAGAAGCACCUGGUGUUCUUGACGACGAGCUGUCGUAGGGGGAGGGGGCGCCCCUAGGCAACGAUGGCUAACUUUGUGGGGGUCGGGGUGGGUCACCCCUAACUGCAUGUUUAUUUCAAUCAGGUUGCUGCAUGCAAUAGACUUUUCAAUAUCAUGUCUACUAUUGGAUUCUGCCCAUGUUUGCACAACACACUAUAGACGUACAUUUGACUCGCACGAAACUGGACAGAAACAGGGAAGAACGGUCAAAGGAAUCAUGGUGCCUCCACGUCUCCGGUUGCACCGUCAGAACAGAGGCACCCAGGUGGCGUGGGGGUUAAAAAAAAAAAAAAAAAGAAACAACCUUAAUAAUCUCAAUUCAAAUUAAAUGUAGGAUUACCAUUUAAAACUGUCUAUGAUAGGUGAAGUACUUUUUUGCAGUGAUUGUUGAUAUAAUUGUGCAAUUUUUUAUACCGUAUGUAGUUAGGUCUGAGUAUGCCUAGAACUGUGAUUCGCUUUAACUGUCGUUAAUGUCCGACAUAGAAGUCCUGUGAAACUUCAUAACUAGUGUAUUCACACGUAUAUAUGUUCUCUUGUACACACACACUUGCACCAGUAUACAUGGAAGCCUCUCGACACACAUGAACACACACUCGGACGACUGUCUUUCUUACGCACACAAACAGGCCUACAAACAGAGUCUGAUCUGAGGACAAGACGCAACAAUGUGAGCUUAAAUUGAGAACUGAGGUCUUUUAUUAUUAUUAUUAUUAUUAUAACUAUUAUUAUUAUUAUUACUAUUAUUUGUUCCACUGUUGACUAAAAAAACGCACGUUUACGUCCUAGAAUGCAACCAAAGAGCUCACAUGUUCGACUUUUACCAGACAGUGAACAGCCAGCGGAGGAGCUGACGGUGUAGCGGUGCAGUCGAUCAGAUGAGGAAAGAGGGCAGUUUGGUGAAAAGGAAUAGUUAUUUUGUGGGGUGGGGGGGUGGGGGGCUGUAAACAUUGAAGCUACUGGAGACUUGAGGUUGAUAAACUGAGCCCUGCACAUGCUCUCACUAUAAACGGGUGGGUAGGUUUGGGGUGGGAACAAACGUCGCCACAACAUGCAGAUGUGCAAGCUUGGGGUUACCACAUUUAUUUUUAUUUUUUUUUCCUGCAAAGCUUGAAGUAAUGAACCUGCUCAAAGAGGAAAAAAAUGGUGGAAAUAUCUAUAUAUUUUUUGUUUUUAUCAAAAGUGAUUAUGGUGCGCAGUUUAAACAGGAGUGGGUGGGGGUUAUGGAUGCAUGGAAACCGAAGUAUUGGCUGCUGGGGACAGGGCGGCUCUGGUUUUGGAGGGUUGGGAUGGGAUGGGAGGGUUGGGAUGGGAGGGAUGGGAUGGGAGGGCAGGGGGCCAAGUUACACUGGUUUUUAGCAGUUUUGUGGACAAUCCAAACGGGAUCCUGCAUCAUUGCAAGUCACCCCUUCCCCCACUUUUUUUUCCAUGAGUUGUGAUUGUCCCGUGCUGGCGCCCCGCAGUUCCGCUCCUCUUUCUUGUUUUAGUCAUAAACUGUUUUUUUUCUUUUCUUUUUUUUUUUGCUUUAGGAUAGAUGUUCAUUUCUUGUCCGAGAAAAGCUAAUUGAAAUUAAGCAGAAGAUACUUUUUUACAGAUAGAGAAAAAAAAAGGCUAACCAUGAGUAAUAAUAAGCAUCCCUAUGAAAGUGAAUUCUGGGUGUUUUUGUGACAUUUCUUUCCCCACCCGGACAGGUUUUCUAUGUUUGUUCCUUCUCUAUGAUAGAUAUUUGUUAUGCACUACUCUUUGUAUCUGAACAGUUUUCAACAGUCAGCCGUUCUUUUUGUUAAAAGACAAAAAAAGACGACAAAGCGUGCUUUCUGACUGACAAGAUCUUUUGCAAUACCUCAAUUUUGAAAUAUAUUAGGAGAGAAACAGAUAUUUUCUAAGUAAGUUUAUUCAGAUGAAAAAUAUAUAUAUAUUAAUUUAAUUCUUCAAGAGAAAUGAUUUAACAGAUGGUUGAUUUUUUUAUUUUUAUCAUGCCUUUUUUUUUUUGCUCUUAUUUUAAGAAUUUAUUUUUUUGAAAAAGACAACUGAAGGAGCUAGAGCUUUAUAACUAAUACAAUGAUGUAGUUAGUGAGUCUACUUUAUUACAGUGGAAGCGAGGGUGAGUGUCCCACUGGUCAAAUCAGUCGAAACAUCGCAGAGAGAAGAGCUCUUUAAGGAAAUCGGACAUCAGGUGCUCGGAGAGAAAAAACUAUACCUGUUUCCCACCUUUUUGUAUAUUUAUAACCAAUCAUUUACUAUGCUGACCAGAGUUGUGAAAGAGAUCUUCUGUUUGUUAUUUUUUUAAGAGAAGUUUUUUAUGUUUCCUAAAAGUUUGUGCUCCCUUUUGUUUUGUAAAAAAAAAAGCGAAAAAAAAAGCAACGUGACCCAGAUUGGUUAGCCUGGCGCUGUUGGGAGGAAAAUGAAGCGAGAGUCACUGGACAGCUGGAGGUACAGAAAAGAAUGUUAUUUUUAACACAAAGCAGACACAAGUGUUUUCACCUGUAACUUCACCGAAAGCCCCCAAGGUGCAUCAAUUGACUGGUGGCCUUCUAUUCACGCAAGACUUGAAUUAGUCCCAUUUUUUUAAGGCUAAACCUUGAUUCUUUGUUGUAAUGUGCAAUACUGUUUGUACUGUUUGUAGAAAAGAAGAAAACAAGAAAAAGAGGCAUAAAUCUUUAUUGCAGAAUUAUUUUCAUUGCAAGCAUUGUGAUUCACUAAAAUCAUUUUCUACUGUGUAUUUACCUACUCUACCUGCUAGUACCUUCCAGUAGUAAUGUAGCCUUUGUACUGAGAAAUUUUCAUUAUUUUUAGAAAGUUUUGCUAAAAAAGAAAAUAAUUUAAACAUAUUUACAUAUUUUUGUUUUUCUUUCAUAUUUUUCUUUAAACGGACUUUUUUCUCAACCAUUAAUAGUUAUUUCUGGGGGAGACUUUCAUAUCUGGUCAAUGUCAUUAAUAUUAUUUUGUAUUUUUACUUGGAAUAAAUUAAUUUUAUGAUGCUAAUUCUUUAAAGGUUUAUUUUUUUCCUUUGUUCACUUUUUUCAUUUUUUUUGAAGCUGAAAAAAAACUUUGUAAUAUUGUUACUAAAGUGUCUCGUUUCUUGAAUUGCUAAGCUUUAUGUGUUAACUCGCUGAUGUUGCUUACAUUAGUGUGAAAAUGAUCUACGAAGAAAAAAAAAUCUGACAAAGAAACAGAUUGGUGGUUGGUGAUGUUUAAAGUGAUUCGCAAUGUAAACAAAUGAAUGGGCAAUAAAAUAAAAAAUGGCAGAAUGGAGCAUA